AUGAUGGACAAACCCUGGGGUGGUAUCGGCGCAUGGGCCGCCGACUCUGAGCGAGCCGAAGCGGAGGAGCUCGCGGAGGCUGCCCAAGCUGAGUCCCAGAGCUUCCCGAGCCUCAAGGAAGCCGCGAACGCAAAGCCCAAGAAGAAGAAGAUGAGCCUCUCCGAGUUCAACAUGGGGGGCUCUUUCUCCGCCUCCAGGCCCGCCGCCUCAAGUCGGGUCGGGCUCACUCCUGAAGAGAUGAUGCGCCUCCCUACCGGCCCCAAAGAGCGCUCUGCGGACGAAAUGCAGUAUGGUCGCCUCGGCGGUGGGUUUUCCUCGUACGGCCGCUCCGGUUCGAAUCCGGGUCGGGGAAGGGACCGUGACGACGCGGAAGGGUCGUGGGGCGGUGGUGGCAGAAGAUCCUACGGUGAAUUCGACGACGACCGAAGGGCUCCCUCUUCUAGGGUUUCGGAUUUCGAUCAACCGUCGAGGGCAGACGAGGUUGACAAUUGGGCAUUGACCAAGAAGUCUCUUCCUUCUGCAGAUUCAGGUCGGCAGAACCGGUAUAGCUCGCUCGGUGGCGGUGGCGGUGGUGGUGGUGGGGGCGGUGGCAGUGGAGGUGCCGGUGGCGGUGUGGGUGUUGGCGGACCUUGGUCUAGGGCAGACGAGGUUGAUAACUGGGCUGUUGGGAAGAAGCCUGCUCCUGCAAGAUCAUCCACAUUUGGGUCUGGAUUUCGCGAUUCGGGGCCGGAGCCCGAUCGCUGGGCGAGAGGCGGACGCGAGGUGGACAGCGUUGAGAGAGAGCGACCCAGAUUGGUUUUGGAUCCUCCAAAAGGCGAGUUGGGCGUGAAUGAGUCAGUGCAGGUUGUGAAGACCAAUAAGCCCAGUCCGUUCGGGGCAGCUCGACCUAGAGAGGAGAUUUUGGCCGAGAAGGGGUUGGAUUGGAAGAAGCUGGACUCGGAAAUUGACGCCAAGAAGACGAGUCGGCCAACGAGUGCGCACUCAAGCAGGCCUUCCAGUGCUCAGUCAAGCCGGUCUGAAGGUCCUGGGCUGCAUGGGAGUGAGAAUGUGGUGAAGCCGCGGCCCAAAGUGAACCCAUUUGGUGAUGCCAAGCCAAGGGAAGUUUUGCUGGAGGAGCGAGGUAAAGAUUGGCGGAAGAUUGAUCUCGAGUUGGAGCAUCUCAGUGUUGACAGACCCGAAACGGAAGAGGAAAGGAAAUUAAAGGAAGAAAUUGAUCAUCUAAAGAAGGAACUUGAGAAAGAAUCUCCAGAUAAAACGAACAGUGAAACUGGCCAAGAGUCUGGUGGUGACCAGGCAAGUCUACGUGAUAUAGUACUUCAGAAGGAAAGGGAAUUGGAGACACUGAUCCACGAUUUGGAUGACAAAGUUCGCUUUGGUCAGAAGGCCAUCGAUAGACCUGGGUCUGGGGCAGGCAGGCCUGGGUCUGGGGCGGGCAGGCCUGGGUCUGGGGCAGGCAGGCCUGGGUCUGGAGCAGGCAGGGCUGAAGUACUGAAUUCAUCGAUAGGCCUCACUCACAUGGCAAAGGAGAUGCGUGGACAAGGCCUUUUGAUGACAGAAGGUCAUUUCAAGGUGGCAGGGAAAGAGGAUUUCUGGGGAACAGAGACAUGGGCAGGGCAAGGUCAAGAGAAAGAUGGUGAGAAACUCUGCUGUUUCUAUGGAUUCAUUGAAUUGCCUUCCACUUUUGACAACCAGAACCAAAUAAUAUUUUGCCCCACUCUUUUUGUUUUCUUCAUUUUGCUCUGGGAAAUGGAGCAAGCAUUAUUGAUUACCGGCACUAGGAACUCUUGCCUUGAUCUAUUGUUACAUCUUGAAACUAUGUAA